AUGACUAUUGAUCAUUACAUUAAGAUGUUUAAAAAUAUAGUAGAGGAAUUGUCAUAUACAGGACAUUUGGUUGAUGAUGCAUUAAUGAUUUUUGCAUUUCUUAGAAGACUCAGUACCUCUUACAUUUCAUUCACCGUACGUAUCAAUGCAAAUCUAUAUCAUUUCACAUUUGAAGAGAUAAUAGCCGAAUUAAAGGCUCAUGACGUAAUUUAUGUAUUUCAUCAGAUUCAAAAUACCAAUAGUCUAGCUCCUGCAGGCAACAGUGUUCAACUUUAUUCAUCUCAAAUUCAAAAUAAAGGAAAUUGGCAAUGGCAAAAUAGAGGAAGUAAGGAUCAGAAGAAAUAG